GCAAGCUCGAUCAAGUUGGGCACACAACGCGGGCGCUGUGGCAAAAUCUGACCGUCAGGACGACUCGUUGUCACCCCUGCGCUGCGUGACCCCAGCGGUCUUGACGAUACCUCAUGGAGAGCAAGUAUCCAUACACUUUUAAGGAGCCGCGGCGCGCACUCGUGAAAGCUAUGCAGCGCAGGGCGAAGACGUCUCAUUUGGGAGCGUUUCAGGUCCUGCCGGAACACGUCAUGCUCUCCUGCCUCGCACGAUUGCCUCGCGAGGACCACGACGCCGUCGCGGACGCGUCGGUCGGCUUUCGCGCAAUUAUGCGGAGUGAACGCUUCCUCAAGGCGCGGCGCGCGGAGGAGAUUACGGAGGAAGCGCUCGUUGUCGUGGGCGACUGCUUCAUGGCCCUCGUGUCCGGGCGCGUGUGGCGACGCCUUGUGCCGAUGUCGGCCGAGAUGCGCAUACUUGGUGGGUUGCAUUUUGGUGGGGUGGCUCGCGCGGGAACCGCAGUUAUCGGUUCCGAGCUCUUCCUCGCCGGCGGCAUGAAACAAAACAGCACGUACGCUGGUGUGUCCGUGUACGACGCAGUCGACGACGAGUGGUUCACGAUUCCACUAUCGUCUGCAUAUCCUCAAGGCGCGCGUCGCGAACUGUUUGCUGUCGGCUGCGCUGGUCGUCUAUAUGUGGGCGGAUUGUGUCGCGAUGACCAUGAAUGGCGCAUCUUACUUCAAAGCUUUGACCCUGACGCCCAGAGAUGGGUGGACAUGCCACCGAUGCCGCCGCCGCUGCCGGUAGCAGAAAGCGGACUGGGUCAUCAAUUAGUCGCAGUCGCCGUGGGCUCCGAAAUCUAUGUCCUCGACCGCAUGGAGCCGGACUUUUUUCGCGUCUUCGACACCGAGACAGAAACGUGGAGAACCCUAGACAUUCCCGAAGAAGUCGAAAUCGUAGAUUUGAGACACGGGUAUGCGCCAUAUAACUAUACGGUGCCAUGGCCCGGCAUUUGCGUGGAUAGAACGCUCAUCCACCUGACGGAUCAUAGGAAAGACGGCGAACCUUCUGACGGUCGCGAGCACUACGCUUACGACACGGUAAACGACCAGUGGAUUAGCUUUGAUGGAGGUAUGCCGCGUCACACGGCAUACAGCGAAUCGGACCGCAUCCUCUCUGUCGUCAACUACGAUGGCCCAGACGACUACAUCGUUGGUCACUCUCUUUACUCGCGUGGCGGAGUGCACGUGUUCGAGCGGAGAGGGGAGCUCGAUUGUAGGAUAUCUGGAGCCGUUGACCUGCCCGUCCGCUACGACGCCGUCGAACGAGUCGUCUACGUCGACAUGCCCUAAGCAAGCAGAGAUAAGUAGUGUCUCUUGUUA